AUGGUACACCCGUUUGGCAAUUAUAUCCUUUCUCACGGAUUUCGUAGCAGUGCUUGUGAUAAUUCAUUGUUUAUCUAUCAUUGUGGGUCAGAGACUGCUUAUUUAUUGUUGUAUGUUAAUGAUAUUGUUGUCACAGCCUCUACUAUCACUUUGUUACAGGAGAUCAUCCAUACUCUGUCUCGGGAAAUUGUUAUGACAGAUUUGGGCCACUUGCAUCAUUUUUUGGAUAUCAAGGUUACACGACAGCCCAAUGGUUUAUUUUUGUCCCAAGAACCAUAUGCUAAAGACAUCAUCUCUCGGGCGUCCAUGUCCAAUUGUAAGUCGUGUACUACUCCGGUUGACUUAUCAGCGAAACUCAGUGCCACAGAUGGUGCACCUUUUUCCGACCCUACUUUGUAUCGGAGUUUAGCGGGUGCUUUACAGUACCUGACAUUUACAUGCCCAGAUAUCUCUUAUGCGGUCCAACAGAUAUGUUUGUUUAUGCAUGAUCCUCGUGACCCACAUUUUGCAUUCCUGAAGCGUAUUAUUCGUUAUCUUCAGGGGACUUUGGCCUAUGGAUUACGUAUAAUGAAGUCUGGUACAGAUUCAUUGAUUGCUUAUUCCGAUGCUGACUGGGGUGGUUGCCCCGAUUCGCGCCGGUCUACAAGUGGGUAUUGCGUUUUUCUCGGUGAUAAUCUUAUCUCAUGGUCUUCGAAACGACAACCCACCAUCUCUCUUUCGAGUGCUGAAGCAGAAUAUCGAGGCGUUGCAAAUGCUGUUGCUGAAGCUACAUGGAUUCGGAACUUGUUACUUGAGCUGCGUACACCUUUGCAGAAGGCUACUAUCAUUUACUGUGAUAAUGUUUCAGCUGUGUAUCUCUCUGACAACCCGGUCCAACAUCAGCGAACUAAGCACAUUGAGAUUGACAUCCAUUUUGUUCGUGAAAAGGUUCGAGUUGGACAUAUUCGAGUUCUGCACGUUCCUUCAUCUCUCCAGUAUGCAGACAUUUUUACCAAAGGCAUCUCCAAGCAGUUGUUCAAGUCUUUUCGUACCAGUUUGAACGUCUGUCCUACGCCCGUUCAAACUACGGGGGUGUCUUAG